ACUGUACUGCUUGUGUUCGCAGCGGCAGUACCCUAUGAUGUGUACAACUGUGCUCAAGCUAAGGAGCCUCCUAAACCACGAAGUUUCCGCCUUUCGGCCGGAACCGCGAAUGCCAACUCGGUGUCCUUGUAGAGAACCGGAUGACGCGCAUUGCAGUGGGAGAAAAACCGCCGGAUCGAGACAGCGGGUUCUUUUAGUAACUUGAAGAUCUAGAAAAUGUCAGACAACCUCUGGUUCACAGAUAUUUCUCUCGAAAUUAACAGCAUCUCCAAGUUCGCAAAUUCGGACGGUUUUCAGUGGUUGAAGUAUGGCUCUAAGCUUCUGAAAAGUGCGGGUCACAGAAGAGCAUACUACCGCUGCAUCUCCAGCCUUCCCUGCUACAACCUCCCCGGCUGCCCUCCCUGCCCGGCGCGCAAGCACAUCGACUUUGACGCGCAGCAGCAGUUCACCUCGGGAGCUCCCAGCACCAAGAGCACGGGCGUGCAGGGAUCAUGUGCUGAGGCGAAACAAGACACCUCCUUGCAGUCCCCUUCUAGUGACUCGCCUCAACACAAGCGGCUGCAGGGAUUCUAUGCUGAGGCGCCUCAAAGCACGGCCAUGCAGGGAUUGUGUGCUGAGGGGAGUCAAGACACGACUCUGCAGGCCUCGUCUGCUGGCCCGCCUCAGCACAGGCGGCUGCAGGGAUGGCCACUUCUGCUGACUGGCCUCGGCACAAGCAGCAGCAGACACUCUGUGCUGGGAAGCUGCAGAGCUCCGCCGUUUGGGGAUUUUGUGCUGAGGGGAUUCAAGACACGCCCCUGCAGGCCCCGUCUGCUGGCCCUCCUCAACACAUGCAGCUGCAAGGCUCGUCUGCUGAGGGGAGUCAAGGCACGCCCCAGCAGGGCUCUUCCUCUGACGUGCCUCAGCACAUGCGGCAGCAGAGAUGGUGUGCUGAAGCGCCUCAGCGCACGGCCGUGCAGGGAGCAGGUCGUGAGGGGAUUCAAAACAAACCCCCUUCAGCCGUUUUCUGUUGUCUCGCGUCCGAACAAGCUGCUGCAGGGUUCCUGUGCUGAGGCUCCUCAGAGCAUGGCUGUGGAGGGAUGCUGUGCUGACGCUUCUCUAAGAGCUGCCGUGUUUUAUAACAGGUGUGCUGAGGCGCCCCAGAGCACGGCUGUGAAGGGAUGGAACGAGGCCAUACCGACACCUGCUGCUUCUUCUGGGAGUGAGCAAGAUGCUGCCCUUCACAGUGGCACGCCCUGGUCCUGGUUAGCCGAGACACAGCGAAAGGCGCAAGCAGAGAGGCAAGCAGAGAGGCAAGCAGAGAGGCAAGAAGAGGUGCAUGCAUAUGUGCAAUCAGAGACGGAGCCAAAGGUGCAAGCAGAUGAGACAAGAGAGACGCAACAAUGGGGCUGGGAACUGACAGAGCAGGAACAGAAAGAAGAACUGGGCGGGGUGAAGGUACUGACGGAGAAGCAGGAGACGGAUCAGAAACUGCUUCUGGUACGGUCUGUGGCAUGGAGGGAUUGCGCUGCUGAGGGAAUCCCAUGGUUGACAGACGCCCAGAGGCGAGAACAAUGGGUGGGCCGGGUGAAGGUAGGGACUGUGAAGCAGGAGCAGGAGCAGGAGCAGGAGCAGGAGCAGGAGCAGGAGCAGGAGCAGGAGCAGGAGAAGGAUCAGGAGCAGGAUCAGGAUCAGGAGCAGGAGCAGGAGCAGGAGCAGGAGCAGGAUCAGGAGCAGGAGCAGGAUCAGGAGCAGGAGCAGGAGCAGGAGCAGGAGCAGGAGCAGGAGCAGGAGCAGGAGCAGGAGCAGGAGCAGGAGCAGGAGCAGGAGCAGGAGCAGGAGCAGGAGCAGGAGCAGGAGCAGGAGCAGGAGCAGAAACAGCUUCUGGUUCACAUGCGGGCAUGGAGGGAUUGCGCUGCUGAGGAAAUUCGGGGGUUGACAGACGCCCAGAGGCGAGAACAAGGAGAGGGCCGUGUGAAGGUACCGACAGUGAAGCAGGAGCAGGAUCAGAAAAUGCUCCUGGUACAAAUGCAGGCUUGGAGGGAUUGCGCUGCUGAGGGAUUCCAUGGGCUGACAGAAGCCCGGAGGCAGGAAGAAGGAGCGGGUCAGGUGAACAUACGGACCAUGGAGCAGGAGCGGGAUCGGACGCUGCUUCCGGGUCAAAUGCGGGCAUGGAGGGCUUGUGCUGCUGGGGGAUUCCAGGGACUGUGGCAGGUGAAGCAGCAAGUGCCUUUCGGUUGUGAGAAUGGGCCUGUGGGUAGUGUGCGGACAGAGCAGGGGGCAGCAGCAGUGGCUGCAGCGGGUGCUGCAGCAAGGGCAGCGGCAAGGGCAACGGCAAGGGAAACAGCUCAGGAACAGACUCUUGGACGAAAAAAGACAAAGAAAGAUUGCAACUCUGCUGGGAGCUUUCGGAUGCCGUGGCAGCACAGCCUUCCCAGGGUACAACCACGAGUGUUACCAGUUACCAGCACAACUUCUCCGGAUACCUGCGACAGCAUGCUUUGGGCUGAUACCCUGCACCACGUGGAAUCAGCUGCUGCAGCUAGUGCAGCGGCCAUGGUAGCAGGUGCUGCAGCAGCGUCUGCAGUGGCUGGAGCAGCGGCAGCCUCUGUGGGUAAGGCAGCAGCUCCAAGAGCCAGCGGUGCAGCGGAACGUUCAUUUAAGAGGCCAUGUGAGGCAAAACCUGGUGCAGCAGCAUCUGCAGUGGCUGGAGCAGCACUUACCCCUGCGGCUGAUAUGGCAGCUUGUAGAGGUGGUGCAGGUGAAGAUAGUGUGAAGAGCCCAUUUGGGGCAACACCACACGCAGCAGUAAGAACAUCUGAGCGCAGGGCGAGUUUUCUGGCAGCCUGGAAUGCUGCCAAGACUAGCCAGCGAACCCUGGUGGCAGGGGAGGAGAAUAGGAAGACGACUAGGGAGGAAACUAGGGAGGAGAAUAGGGAGGAAAUUAGGGAGGAGAAUAGGGAGGAGAAUAGGGAGGAGAAUAGGGAGGAGAAUAGGGAGGAGAAUAGGGCGGAGGGAAGGAACAGUGGAGACGCCCGGAAGGGGUUGGUAGCGAGAGAGUCAUGUGAGGAAGUAGGGGAGAAGGCGAUGAUAGUGAGUAGGACUGUUCCGGAAGACUGUGAAGAAGCUAUUAUACGGUUUGAAGCUGGUCAAACGAGGCACGUGUGGGAGACAGAGGUCAGCUGCCGGCAUCUUAGGGAGUGGUUCAGGGGCAGUAUGAAAAGAAAGCGGGAGGGUGGGGAUGGCGCGCGGCAAGAGGAGAGGGUAGUGGGGUGCGGGAGGGACAGGGUUCCAGUUCGGUUGAGUGAGGUGAAUGCAGGAGGAUGGCUGGAUAAUAGAGGGCGACAUGGACUAGCAGUUAUGACGCCUGGUGACUCCAACCGUGGUGGCUUAGCUGGUGCCUGCGGAGGCAGAAGAGAUCUUGGAAAAACUGAGGCCAGAAAAGGAGCGCCCUUGAGAGCGGCAGUGUGUUUUGGUGAGUCAGCAUUUGGCUGUAGGGAUCCAGGUGCGGGUUUUAGGGACCACGGAGCGGGUUUUAGGGGCCCAGGUGUGGCUUUGAUUGGAGAAACUGUGCAUUGGCGCACAGAUAGGGGCUUCGAUAAUGCUAGUCGGGGUGGUGCGAGUGACAGUGCAACUGCGAGUCUGAGAGCUAGGGGGCGAGGGUUUGUGGUGGGAGGAGAAGGAGGAGGAGAAGGAGGAGGAGGAGGAGGAGGAGGAGGAGGAGGAGGAGGAGGAGGAGGAGGAGGAGGAGGAGGAGGAGGAGGAGGAGGAGGAGGAGGAGGAGGGGGGGGGAGGAGGAGGAGCAGGAGGAUGGGGAGGAGUAGGAGAAAGAGGAGGGGGAGGAGUAGGGGGGGAAGCUGCAGCUGGUGUGGACAGCUGUACGGCUGGUGGAAGCGACUCAGCAGAACAGGAUGGUGCAUUGAUAAAGUUCAUAAAAGUCAAGAGAGUACCAGAAUCUGGUGUUGGGGUUACGCAGUGGCAGAAGAUUUUACAGUCAGCUCAAGAGUCUGCUGAGGCACGAGAGUGGAAAGGUCUGCCUCGUAUGCAGCGUGCUGUGGGGAGCAGCAGAGAUGCGCAUUCACUGGGGAGUGCAGGGAAUGGAGCAGCAGAAAGCGCCGCUGAGCCUCUGCAGAAGCAAACAGUGUUGCGUGCAGGAAAGUGUAAAGGAGAGUGUGCAGGUGAGCGUACAGGGGAGUGUGCAGGGGAGUGUGCAGGGGAGUGUGCAGGGGAGUGUGCAAGCAAGGAUGAGGUGGAGCAAGCAAGAGAAUCUGUUGCAGAAGGGCUACAGCAGCAGCCACCUUUUCAUGGCUGGCAGGCCUUCGAGACGUGGAGAGCUCAACACUUCAGGAACCAGACGGCACCCUCGUCACUCAAUCCGGCAAUGCAGCAGCUGCCGUCCUUUUCAGAGUCGUCACGAAAUGGAGCAGCAGAAAUGGGUUCAGCUACACCUCUUUUGCGCGGAGAAGCUUCUCCGUAUAUUUGUGUGCGAAGCUCACCACUCGUACAAGGUGCCGCAUACCAAGGAGAGCCGCUUGACAAGGUGCCAAAGAUACCCACAGGUUCGGUUUUGGAGGAGCCUCAAAAGGCAUGGGAGUUGGUCAAGGAACCUCUGCAGCUUCUGGGACGGCUGAAGGCUGGAGAGCAAAUCACCACUGAUGGUAUCACCACCGAUGGUAUCACCACCGAUGGUAUCACCACCGCACAUAGGUCAGAGAGGAGUUGGUGGAAGAGAGGGGCUGUUGGGACCAAAGGUUCCCUUCCAGAUCAGCUGCAGAAAAUCCUCGCACCACAGGUGAAUGAGGCAGCCAUGGGGGCAGCUGGAGUCGGCAUCAAGAUAGCUCAAGGGGCCGACCGGGGCUGGGAGACGAACUGGUGGACAACAGGAGUUGUGGGGACCGAGGGUGACUCUUUUGGUCAACUCCAGAAUAUUGCUGCAUCGCGGUUGAGUGAGGGAGUGGUGGACGCUGCAGGUGUGCCUUCCCCAGUUGCACCUCGAGGGAUAUUGAAAGGGAGGUGCCUUGCUCUGGAGAAUUUUACCAAGGGAGCUGUUCAAUGGGUUUCUCCAGUCAGAGAUUAUGCAGCAGCACGUCCUGCUACGUGUACUGCUAGGGUCUGCUCUGUUCUGCCUCCUGUUUCUUUAGAUAGCUUGAUGCCUGUGCAUGACGCAUGUUAGGUGGUAUUAGUGAGAGUGUUUUCAAGCCCCUGCUGUUACAAGUGGCUUGUUAUGUAUGCUUGGUUUGGUAGGAAUAGAUGUGCUGGUAUUGG